AACAUGGCGUACCGGACGUUGACUGGGAAAAUCUACUCCCUGCUGUUCCGCAGGACUUCCACGUUCGCCCUCACCAUCGUCGUGGGCGUCCUGUUCUUCAAGCGCGCCUUCGAUCAAGGCGCGAACGCCAUCUACGACCACAUCAACGAGGGGAAGCUGUGGAAACACAUCAAGCACAAGUAUGAGGACAAGUAGUUCCUUGGAGGCCCCCAUCCAGGCCAGAAGGACCAGGUCCACCCAGCAGCUGUUUGCCCAGAGCUGGAGCCUCAGCUUGAAGAUGAUGCUUAAGUUACUCUUCGUGGACCACCGUUCACCUUUGGCAAGAAACGCUUUACCUUCAAAACAGACUCUUGACCUUCUGCUGUGUUUGAAGUAUGUUUAGUCAGCAUGAUGAGGAAAUAAAUGUGAAUUGCCCUUGAAAAAAAAAAAAAAAAAAAAAAA